CCGGUCGGUGAGGGUCCCGGUCGGUGAGGCCCCUGGUCAGUGAGGGCCGCUCUGCCACGCAGGUUCCUCAUGGGUGCCUCCUGUGGCGGGGGCAACAUGAAGGUGGACGAUUCGGCCUACGAGAGCCUGGGCCUGCGCCCCCGCCAUGCCUACUCCAUCCUGGAUGUUCGAGAUGUCCAGGGCACCAGGCUUCUGCGGCUCCGAAACCCAUGGGGCCGUUUCUCCUGGAAUGGCAGCUGGUCUGACGAGUGGCCGCACUGGCCGGGUCACCUGCGUGGCGAGCUCAUGCCACACGGCAGCAGUGAGGGCGUCUUCUGGAUGGAGUAUGGCGACUUUGUCAGGUACUUCGACUCUGUGGACAUCUGUAAGGUGCACUCGGAUUGGCAGGAGGCGCGGGUGCAGGGCUGCUUUCCCAGCUCGGCCAGGGCACCCGUGGGGGUGACAGCGCUCACGGUGCUGGAGCGGGCCUCGCUGGAGUUUGCACUCUUCCAGGAGGGCAGCAGGCGCUCGGACGCAGUGGACAGCCACCUGCUGGACCUGUGCAUCCUGGUGUUCCGGGCCACGUUCGGCAGCGGUGGCCACCUCAGCCUGGGCCGCCUCCUGGCCCACAGUAAGCGCGCGGUCAAGAAGUUUGUCAGCUGCGACGUCAUGCUGGAGCCUGGCGAGUACGCUGUGGUGUGCUGCGCCUUCAACCACUGGGGGCCGCCCCCGCCGGGCGCCCCUGCUCCCCAGGCCUCCAGCCCCUCGGCAGGGGUCCCAAGAGCCUCCCCAGAGCCGCCGGGCCACGUGCUGGCUGUGUACAGCUCCAGGCUGGUCAUGGUGGAGCCUGUGGAAGCUCAGCCCACCACGCUGGCCGACGCCAUCAUCCUGCUCACCGAGAGCCGCGGAGAGCGGCAUGAGGGCCGUGAGGGCAUGACCUGCUACUACCUGACACACGGCUGGGCAGGGCUCAUCGUGGUGGUGGAGAAUCGGCACCCCAAGGCCUACCUGCACGUGCAGUGUGACUGCACCGACAGCUUCAACGUGGUGUCCACGCGCGGCAGCCUGCGCACCCAGGAUAGCGUGCCACCCCUGCACAGGUGCACCCCCCCCCCC